GCCUCGACCUGCACCUUCUCAUCGCCCGCGCACUCUGCUCCAUCCCCCCCCCCCCUUUCGACCACUUUGCAUUGUUCUCGCAUAGAUUGCAGUGUACAGCACUCGAUAGCACACACUCUUGCACAAAGAUUUGUGACUAGAAAUCAACACGGCAUAAACUGUAGCACUUGCAGCAUCAACCUUCUCUCUGUGCCGCUCCAAAAAAUAUAUCAACGCCACCACCAACACUUUCCAGUUUUGUAAACACCCACAACAUCAAUCAACAUGGCCACUCGCACCUCUUCUAGGACAUCCUCCAAGCCGCCGUCCAAGGCCGCGUCCUCCAAGCCCGCCUCCAAGGCAGCGGCCUCGAAGCCUUCCUCCAAGAGCGAGGCCAAGCCGCCGUCCAAGGCCGCCCAGGCCGACAAGCCCGCCGCUGCAUCUGGCACCAAGAGAAACGGACCCACGGAGGACAAGGAGGCGGCCCCGAAGCCCGCCUCCAAGCGCCGCCGUGUCAUCGAGAUCAACGCCGUCGCGCAGGCUCCUGAGCCUCAGGGCCUCUCGGUCUUCGUCUGGGGAACCGGCGACAUGGGACAGUUUGGCACGGGUCCCGAUGACCUCGACGAGAAGCCCCGCCCCCAGCUCCACAAGUGGUUCGAGGAGAAGAAGGAGGAUGGCGAGCUUGGCUCUGGCCCCGACAAGGGCGGCAUCGAGACGAUCGCUGCUGGCGGUAUGCACACUCUCGCCAUUGAUGAGAAGGGACAGGUCCGCUCGUGGGGCAUCAACGACAAUGCUGCCCUUGGUCGUAACACUGCCAAUGUCCCCGACCCCAACAACGCCGGCUCAACCCUCCCUGCUGAGGACUUUGAGACCUGGCCGUUUGUUGUCGACGCUCUUGCCAAGGACGGCUUCCGUGCUGUCAAGCUUGCCGCCGGUGACAGCGUCAGCGUCGCCCUCUCUGACAAGGGCAAGCUCCGCGCCUGGGGAAGCUUCCGUUCCAACGACGGUGUUCUCGGCUUCGAUGGCGUUGUGGGCCACUCGCCGUUCCAGUUCAACCCCAUCCCUCUCCAUGCUUUCGAGCGCAUCGAGGUCGUUGACGUUGCUGCCGGUGCUGACCACGUCCUGGCUCUCACAACCGAGGGCCACGUCUACGUCUGGGGCAACGGCCAGCAGAACCAGCUGGGCCGCCGCGUAAUGGAGCGCCGUCGCCUCAACGGCCUCGAGCCUGAGCGUCUCGGCCUCCGCAACAUUGUCCACAUUGCUGCCGGCCAGUACCACUCGUUCGCCGUCGACAAGAACGGCCAUGUCUAUGCCUGGGGCCUCAACACGUUCAAGCAGUGUGGUCUCGAGGGCCGCGCUGGCGACGAGGAGAUGGUCAUCCGACCCACUGUUGUCAACUCGCUCUCGCCCGAGAACCACAAUGGCGCCAAGGUGGUUCAGGUCGACGGUGGUGAGCACCACUCGCUCUUCCUGUUCGACAAUGGCGAGGUCUGGGGUGUCGGCCGCAACGACGCAAAGGAGCUCGGCCUCGGCCCCGACCACCCUGCCCAGGCUGGCCUCGACGAACGCCGGGCUGACAUCAAGCACGAGAAGGAGGAGGAGCUCAAGGCGGCGCAGAAGAAGCUCGACGAUGUGCUUGCUACUGAGAAGCCCAACGAGGACGACAAGCUUGCUGCCGAGACUGCAGUUGCCGCUGCCCAGGCGUCGCUGCGUGUGCCUUCCGGCGAGUACGUCCCCGAACCUGUUCGAAUUGCAUUCCCCCCCAUCGGCGACUACGAGGACCCUCCCGAGCUUGAGGCGUGGUCUGACGCACCCACCACGAACCCUGUGGCUUCCAUCUCGGCUGGCACUCGCCACAACCUGGCUGUGUCGCGCGACGGCAAGGUGUACGCCUGGGGUCUGGGCAACCAGGGCCAGCUCGGUCUCGGCUCCGCCGAGACGGCCGACACACCCACAUGGGUGCGUAGCAAGCAGCUCAAGCCCUACAAGGCUGUUGCGGCCAGUGCUGGCGGCCAGCACUGUGUCCUGCUUGGCAAGUUGGCGUAAGUUUUGUGCCAGCGAGGCUUGCUCUGGCUGCGAGGCUGUCAAAAGCCGGCGCCAGGCGCCCAGUAUGUCCGAAAAGAGUCGCGACCUCUCCGCCGAACUUGUCGCGAAUAGACCAAAGAAGAACAAGAAGCCCUCCUUCCUGUGCUAGCGCGCGGUGCGGCGCGUUGAAAUUUGUCAGAAGCAGGCCUAAUAGAGUCAGUAGGCUGCGGCGGUGGAUGGGUGGUUUCGUUCCUAGCAUGCAUUGAUGAUUGGGUCAUG